AUGCAGCACUUCACAUUAAUCAAAUUGCUCACAGUGAUCUCAAUUAGCAGUCAGGCUUAUUGUAAAAAUAUUUACGAAUGCCCCACGGCGGCUGACAGACAAACUGCUGCCGUCGAUCCGACUUUCAAGCCAAGAACCGCGGGUUAUUGUGCCCGGCUGAUCAGUGCUAAAGAGCUGGCGGAUGAUAAAAAUUCACUUUUGCCAAGGAUUCAAGGUUUUGAUUACUACGUGACACAAGCCACGAAUGUUGAUAGUCUGGGAAAAUUCAGUUGCGAUGGAAAAAUAGUGGCCAAGGGACGUGUAACGACGAAGUUUUGUUCUACUAGCGAUUUGAUGAAUCCUGCCUUAAAAGAAAGAAUGAUGACCAAAAAAAAUAUGAAUGAUCUUGCUACCAUAUUAUAA